AACCGACGACUUCUCUCUCUCUCUCUCUCUCUCUCUCUCUCUUCUGGGAAACAUCCUGGAAGAUUGUUGGUCUUUGUCUUUGAUGUGUUUUUCUUUUUUGACCUUUUUCUUCAUUUAUAUAAGCCUCUGUGAGUCUCUUUCGAAGGGUUUAAUCUAAACAAGUCUUCGGCUUCUCAACUUAGAUCGUUAAGCUCAAAACCAGGUUCUGCUUCUUUUAACUUUCCUUCAGCAAAAAGCAAUUUGCUUCAUUCUGAUAAGUAGGCAAACUGAUCCAAUGAGUAACCUCAAGUUGGGGGUUGAAGUUGUGGGUGCCCAUGACCUUGUUCCGAAAGACGGGCAGGGCUCAUCGAGCGCCUUCGUCGAGCUUCAUUUCGAUCAUCAGAGAUUCCGAACCACAACCAAAGAAAAGGACCUGAAUCCCGUUUGGAAUGAGAGUUUCUACUUCAACAUCUCGGAUCCGAACAACCUGUCGAACCUCACUCUUGAGGCCUGUGUCUACAACCACAGUAAGAACAACAACUCGAAAUCGUUCCUUGGAAAGGUUUGUCUCACGGGAACCUCAUUUGUCCCCUACUCGGAUGCCGUUGUCUUGCACUACCCUCUUGAGAAACGGCACUUCUUGUCGCGCGUAAAAGGCGAGCUUGGCCUUAAAGUGUUUGUCACGGAUGAUCCUAGUAUAAAAUCCUCAAAUCCACUUCCUCCAAUAGACACUUCUCUCAAUACUGAUUCAUAUCCGAACCAUGGUCAUCAGCCGCAGCAGUCAAAACUUCCGAAUUUUGUCUCGAAUCUGUUGUCGAAUGAGAAAUCUGAGACGAGACACAGAUUUCGUAGUAUUCCUGCCGAAAAGAAGAGUGCUCCUCCGCCAGUGAUUCAACCUACACCAAACUACGGAAUGCAGGAGAUGAAGGCCGAAUCACAGGCUUCUAAAGUCGUUCGGAUGUUCUCGGGUCCAUCGUCCCAGCCAGUUGAUUACUCGCUUAAAGAGACAAGUCCUUUCCUCGGCGGAGGGCAAAUCAUUGGAGGGCGAGUUAUACCCGGAAACAGGCCAACCAGCACCUAUGACCUUGUGGAAAAGAUGCAGUACCUUUUCAUACGAGUUGUUAAAGCCCGCGAUCUUCCUGCAAAGGAUGUCACCGGAAGUCUUGACCCCUAUGUUGAAGUGAAAAUGGGGAACUACAAGGGGAAAACAAAGCACUUUGAGAAGAAGCAGAAUCCCGAAUGGAACGAGGUGUUUGCCUUUGCGAAGGACAAUCUUCAGUCCAGUGUUUUGGAAGUUUUGGUCAAGGACAAGGAUGUACUAAUUGAUGAUUUUGUCGGUCUGGUCCGGUUCGAUCUCCACGAGGUUCCCACCCGUGUUCCGCCGGAUAGUCCUUUGGCUCCCGAAUGGUACCGCCUCGCGGACAAGGACGGGGAUAAGAAGAAAGGGGAAUUGAUGCUUGCUGUCUGGUUAGGCACGCAAGCUGAUGAGGCGUUUCCUGAUGCCUGGCACUCUGACGCUAUUGGCCCGACGGAGAAUGCUCCGGCUUCCAUUUCCCAUAUCCGAUCUAAAGUUUACCAUUCUCCAAGACUGUGGUAUCUUCGAGUCAAUGCUGUCGAGGCACAAGACUUGGUUGUUUCGGACAAGUCCCGUUUUCCUGAUGUUUAUGUGAAGGUUCAGUGUGGAAACCAGAUUCUGAGGACUAAACCAGUUCAGGCGAGGACUUUGAAUCCUAUGUGGAACGAGGAUCUAAUGUUCGUCGCCGCCGAGCCGUUCGAAGAACAUCUGGUUGUUUCGGUUGAAGAUCGAGUUGGUCCCAACAAAGAUGAGACUAUUGGGAAGGCUGUUAUACAUUUGAACACAAUUGAGAAGCGCGCUGAUGACAGAAAAAUCCGCGGAAGAUGGUUCCCACUCGAGAAAUCGACGUCGGCCGCCUUGGAAGCUGAGGUGAAGAAGGACAAGGACAAGGACAAGUUCUCUAGCAGGAUUCAUCUCCAACUUUGUCUCGAUGGAGGGUACCAUGUUCUUGAUGAGUCCACUCACUACAGCAGUGAUCUUCGCCCCACGGCGAAGCAGCUAUGGAAAUCAUCCAUUGGGGUUUUGGAGCUCGGAAUUCUUAAGGCUGACGGGCUGCAUCCGAUGAAGUCGAGGGACGGGAGGGGCACGUCAGACACUUAUUGCGUGGCGAAGUACGGGCACAAGUGGGUUCGAACUCGGACUAUAAUCAACAGCCUGAAUCCCAAGUACAACGAGCAGUACACUUGGGAGGUUUUUGACCCUGCAACGGUUCUUACCAUUGGAGUUUUUGACAACAGUCUGAUUGGUAAUGGUAACAAAGAUGUGAAGAUUGGGAAGGUCCGGAUUCGAAUCUCGACACUCGAGACCGGCCGAGUUUAUACUCACUCUUAUCCACUGCUAGCCCUUCAUCCUUCAGGCGUCAAGAAGAUGGGAGAGCUUCACUUGGCGAUAAGAUUCUCCUGCACAUCCUUGCCUAACAUGAUGUUUAAGUACUCUCGGCCGCUCUUGCCGAAAAUGCACUACAUUAGGCCUCUCAGCGUCAUGCAGCAAGAGAUGCUGCGCCACCAGGCCGUAAACAUCGUGGCGGCGCGGCUCAGCAGGGCGGAGCCCUCACUUCGGAAGGAGGUUGUCGAGUACAUGUCCGAUGCGGACUCGCAUCUCUGGAGCAUGAGGCGCAGCAAGGCGAACUUUUUCCGGCUCAUGUCAGUCUUCUCAGGAAUGUUCUCUGUUGGAAAAUGGUUCGGAGAAGUCUGCACCUGGAAAAACCCUGUCACAACAAUGCUAGUACACGCACUCUUUGUAAUGCUCGUUUGCUUCCCAGAGCUUAUUCUUCCAACAGUCUUCCUUUACAUGUUCUUGAUAGGGCUGUGGAACUUCCGGUACCGCCCGAGAUACCCUCCCCACAUGAACACAAGGAUCUCGUAUGCAGAUGCGGUGAAUGCCGAUGAGUUGGAUGAGGAAUUCGACACUUUCCCAACAUCCCGAGGCUCGGAUAUUGUACGGAUGAGGUAUGACCGGUUGAGAAGCGUCGCGGGGAGGAUUCAGACCGUGGUUGGCGACAUAGCCACGCAAGGGGAGCGGUUUCAGGCGCUGCUCAGCUGGCGGGACUCGCGUGCCACAACGAUAUUCAUAACGUUCUGCCUCGUCGCGGCCGUCAUGCUGUACGUGACACCUUUCCAGGUUCUGGCUCUCCUUGCCGGGUUUUACGUCAUGAGGCACCCGAGGUUCAGGCGGAAGACCCCGUCAAUGCCGCUCAACUUCUUCCGCCGGCUCCCCUCUAGGGCGGAUAGCAUGUUGUAGAUUGCAAAACUGUUGUGAUUUUCUCUGUUUUUGGUCCUGCGAAUGUUUUUGAUUUGGGGUUUGUUUGGCAGUGCUUGUAAAAUCGAUGUUGUAUCUAUUAUUGUUUUGGAUGUUUAUCGUGUCUGAAUUGUUGGAACAAGUUGAUACAAAUGAAAUCAUACUGUCUGUAGCACCCAAGUUUGGUUAUAUAUGGUCACUAGACAGUGCAAUGUAA